AUGGCGUACAAGAACAGAAUCCGAGAACGCAGGCACCGCACCACCCGCACCCGGCAGCAGUUAUGGGCCGUCGGACGGACGCGAGCCGCGGUCCCGGUGGAGCGCUUCCGAAAAGGCGGCGCGCGCCGCCAGCCGCGGCCAUCUCGUGGGGAGCCGCGCCGCGGGACCACAGCGCCCGGCAUGCCCCGCGGCCGGCGGACCGGCGGGAGGACUACAGCGCCCGGCAUACUCUGCGGCUCCAAGAUGGCGGCGCCCAGGGACGGCACGAGCGCGGACAGCAGCUCGGACUCGGAGAGCAGCGGCGGGGCGGCAGCGCGGUUCCGGGAGGCGGCCUGGGACUGCGCGAAGCAGCAGGCGGCGGGGCGGGCGGAGCCGCGAGGCGGCGGAUUUCCAAAGGAUCAGCGGCAGGCUGCUCGGCCCAGCCUAAGACGUGAGGUGAAUGACCACGAUGAGGAUGGAAAUAAGCUACAGACCACACCAGAGUUCAGAGCACAUGUUGCAAAGAAACUGGGAGCAAUGCUGGACAGUUUCAUCACUGUCUUGAAGGAUUCAUCAGGACCUUCACCAGCUUGUGUGCAGCAGUCUGACUGUGGAGAUGAUGGUUUUCGCCUCUUCUCCUCCUCUGUCCCAGGAGGCUGUGGGCAAUCAGAGCAAAGCCCUGCCCCAAGGAGGAGACGGCCACCUUGUUCCAGUGACUCAGACAGUGACCAAGAGUGGCAAAAGUACCAGGAGGCUGCUGUGUCAGCAGCAGACAUUCUGAAGCAAAGUGCUUUUCCUGCACUGUCCCAGGAUUCCAGCCAGAAUAUAUGUCAGGGUUAUGUGGAGCACAGACAGAAGAAAAAGAAGAAUAAGAAAAUAAAGGGAGAGAACAAAACUGAAGAGAAAGUAAUAGACCCAGCAGAUUGUGACCAGGACAGCAGAGAUUUGCCACGAUUGGAUUCUGCAAAUGGACAACACAAGAGACAGGACAGCAAUCAUACAGAUAACAACACAGCGUCACCAGGAGCUGUGAAGAAGAAGAAAAAGAAGAAAGAGAGGGAAUAAAGGCUUUGCUCUGCAUUUGGGCAGGUGAUUGUGAUGAAUGCUGGGAAAAAACAAAUGCAGUUACUGCAGAUGAGGGAGAACUAAUUUGCAAAGCUUUUGUUGUAAAAGCUCUGUGGCCUGGGAGUCUAAUUAAAGUGACUUCCUAUGUUCUGA